CAAUAUCGCUACGUACCGUCGAAACCAAAAACGCUAUCGCUCCUUGCUUGACGACGAAGAGUCUACGAUAAACAUUACGUGGAAAUCAUAUGAAAGCAAUGUAUCCAAAGAUAAUGAAGAAAAAGAAGCUAAGACUUCUACAGGGGAAGACAUUAAGGGAAGCGCCAAGAAAUGCUUCCGACCGUCAGCACCAACAACCUUAUCGCUCCUUACUCGACGACGAAGAAACCACGAUUAGCAACACAUGGAAAUCAUCUGGAAGCAACACAUCCGAAGAUGUCGAUGCCAACGUCGAGGGGGGAACGGAGGACAUUCAAGAAGACUGCGAGGAAGAGAAUGAACCAAAGGUGUCGGAACAAAUGCCUACCGAGAGAGAGACGAAGGAAAUUGAAAGUGUAAACAACAUUGUGUUCACCUCGGACUCAAUUGGGCAAAUCGAAGUUUCUUCUGCACAGGUCGCAGAAGAAGAAGAACACGAGACAAAGGUGGAGGAGUGCACUGACAAUCGAAAAAGUGCCUCAUGGACCCCGUUUCUGAAAAAGAAAAUCCAGGCGACUGUGAAAAAGUCUUAUACUAUUGUUGCUGGCCAAUACUGCGAGAAAAACCACACACGUGCCAUAGCCAUGACCAAACACAGAUCAAAAAUGUGGACGGAGGCGAUGAGUGGCAUACGCGUUGGAAUCAAGGUCGAUGAAUCUUCGAUGACAACAUUGACCGCAGUAGAAGGAGAUAGUGAUUCCUCGACUGCGUCGAAUGGAAAUACUGCUCGUACAACUCCUUUUUUUUGCUAGAAGAAUCAGCCGCAGCAUCACAAAUAGAAAACUGGCUCGCCG